AUGAUCAUGUUCCACCUUUCAAAAAAUGUUAGAGUGCAGGGCAGUGAAAGAGUUUCAAAACAGUUUACGAAGAAGGUCAAUAACUUGGUGGCUAUAACAAAUGGAGAAGCAGAAAAAAAAACCCUGGUAAAGGGAUCCCUCUCUGGAACUUCAGUCCUGCCAUGCUUCUUUUCAACCACCCCUACUAUAUCCUCCAGCUAUGCAGCUGAGUAUCUUCGAAUCAAAUGGUCAAAGGUUGAACUGGAUAAAAGUGGAAAAGACGCAAAAGAAACUACAGUCCUGGUGGCCCAAAAUGGCAACAUCAAAAUAGGUCAAAGCUACAAAGACAGAGUGUCUGUCCCGACCCAUUCAGAGGAGACUGGUGAUGCUUCGCUCACUUUCUCUAAGCUGCGUGCCAGUGAUGCUGGGGUGUAUCGCUGUGACGUUAUGUACGGAGUUGAAGAUACACAAGGCAUUGUAUCAUUGGCUGUUGAAGGCGUUGUAUUUCACUAUCGUGCAGCAACCAGCAGAUAUACUCUGAAUUUUACACAAGCUCAGCAGACCUGUCUGGACAACGGUGCUGUCAUAGCAAGCCCAGAACAACUGAAAGCAGCCUAUGAAGAUGGAUUUGAGCAGUGUGAUGCUGGCUGGUUGUCUGACCAGACUGUUAGAUAUCCAAUUAGACAUCCAAGAAUUGGCUGCUUUGGAGAUAAAAUGGGAAAGAAAGGAGUCAGAACAUAUGGGCGCCGUUUUCCUAAUGAGACUUAUGAUGUAUAUUGCUAUGUGGAACACAUGCAAG